ACUGUCGUGAUACAAUUGCCCAGUAUCAAAGCAAAGAAGUUGUAAGAGAGAAUCAUAAAAGCCUCUUGCUUCCUGCUUUGUGUUUCUUUGCAAUUUGCAAGAGCUACAGCUAGCUAGCUCCUUCUCUUUUUAUAUCUUCUUUGUGCUUCCUCUUGUUUGUUGUGUUCCUUCUUCUUCUUCUUCUUGACCUAAAGACCUUAUAAUCUUUUGAUUGUUAAUAUCCUCGAGAAACAUCAUGUCAAGCUGCAUCGAUGCGGUGCCUAAUGAGCAACUCUGCUACAUCCCUUGCAACUUUUGCAAUAUAGUUCUUGCGGUGAGUGUUCCAUGCAGCAGCAUGUUUGACAUCGUGACCGUCCGAUGUGGGCACUGCACCAAUAUAUGGUCCGUGAAUAUGGCAGCUGCCUUUCAGUCACAGUCAUGGCAAGAUCAAGUUCAGGCAUCGAACUACAACUCCCACGAUUACAGAAUUGACCUGGGAUCCUCCUCCAAAUGCAACAACAAGAUCUCAAUGAGAACCCCAGCUGCCAACGUUGUCACUCAAGAAAGGGUUGUUAAUCGCCCUCCCGAGAAGAGGCAGCGAGUACCUUCUGCAUAUAAUCAGUUCAUAAAAGAGGAGAUUCAGAGGAUCAAGGCCAAUAAUCCUGAUAUCAGUCACAGAGAAGCUUUCAGCACUGCUGCCAAAAAUUGGGCACACUUCCCUCAUAUUCAUUUUGGAUUGAUGUUGGGGACUAACAACCAAACUAAGGUGGAUGAUGGCAGUGAGAAGCGUCUAAUGUCAAGGUCUGCACUGCAGAACAAUUGAUCAUGGUUUUGAUUUUUCAAAACCAGACCUCCAUGAAACUCGAUGCUCUUUGAAGUAAAUUAAGAAUCCUUGACUUCAACGUGUCUUAAUCAAGGAUAUAUAUAUAUGAAUCUAUGUUUCUCCAAUAUUGUAUUUGUGACCAACUGUUUAUGCUAUUGUUUACUUCACUUGAUGUAAGAACUUUAUGGAAGCUAUUUUUAUUUCGUCAAUAUCUAUAUGAUCCUCCAUCUUCUUUGUUAA